AUGCCCCUGCCCCGGAGACCCCCGGCCCACCUGCUCCUGGUUUGCCUCUUUGCCAGCUUCCAGCAGGUCUCGCCAAAGAUUUUUCUCCUCUGCGGGAUCUCCUUGUGUUCGGGAGAGCGCUGCUGUGAUGGUCGGUGCUGUAGCCUACGCCCAGGAUUCAAGGAGGGGACGACUAACGGGUUCGGACUUAUCUUCAUCAUCAUGGGCGUGAUGAUUGGGGGCGGGGUCCUCUUCGUGGUGUACAAGUGCUGCAAGAACUGGGCUGGGCUGGACGAGACGGAGGGCAUCGAACCAGCGCAGCCCCACGUCCCACCUGCCCCCAGGACGGCCCCUCCCAGGUCCCCCUCCCUGCAGCCCCAGGGGGAUCCCCCGCCCUACAGCGAGGUGGCGUUGAAGCCGUUCCUGUACCCGCUCCCUGCCAUCCCGCCGCCCUGUUACAGCAACGUCGUCAUGGCAGACCCUCCGGCAACUGGCGUUAACCACCAGACCACGCCCUAG